GGGUCUAGCCUCUCUUGGAGGCAGCGAGCGUCGAGGCCUUGCGUCCCUCCCCACCUCGCGCGCCCUCGUUUUCUUACAGUUCCUUAGCUCGGAUUACUUCCUCCCCUCUCGCCAGGCUUUCGGGCGCGCGGGAGAGCGCGUCUGCGCGCGCCGCCUCCCCCGCCUGCGUUCUGUCAGCGUCUCGCCCGGCUCCAGCCUUCUGGGGGCUCCGUGAAGCGGCGGUGGGUUCCUGCUUCCGUCUUCUCGCCCCCCUCCUGCUGCUCCCUCCCGCGCUUCCAUCUCCUUCUCCCCUCGCGCGCCGCCUCCCGCUUCUUCUCCAUCAGACCCGGCAUUGCGGGAGCUUCGCCGGCGCGGGGACGAAAGCGAGGUUGUCGGCGCGGAUUUAGAUGUAUAUACUUGAAUAAUGCCAAAGGAAAACCUCCUUUCCCUCUUUCAGAAGUAAUUUUCAUUGAUUUCUAUGGAAUUUAUGCCCAGACAUUGCUAUGAAGAUAAUUGCUGUUAUGCUGCAAGUACUAGGGACAUGUUGCAACUAAAUACAUUUGUAUUUAUUGAGACUUUCAACAGAAUUCCCAUAUUUAUGAUUAAGUACUAUAAAGCCAGAACAUCUGUGACCUUAGUACUUGGAAUAUUCAUCCUCUGGGAUAAUUGUUUUGAAGUUGUGCUAUAGGAUAAAUGCCUUGAGAAACACAACAUGAUGAAUGUACAGCACUGAAACCUUGAAAUCUUUGUACUGACUGAGGAAUUACAAUGUUUGCUUUGUGAACAAAGACUAUUUUGUAGUGGACAAAACAUUUGAAAAUGCGGCCAUGGACUGGCUCAUGGCGAUGGAUUAUGCUCAUCCUUUUUGCUUGGGGGACCUUGCUCUUUUACAUAGGUGGACACUUAGUACGAGACAGUGAGCAUCCAGACCACUCUAGUCGUGAACUGUCAAAAAUACUAGCGAAACUUGAACGGUUGAAACAGCAAAAUGAAGAUUUAAGACGAAUGGCAGAGUCUCUCAGGAUACCAGAUGGUUCUAUUGAACAGGGCCCUGCUGUAGGAAGGGUACAUGCUUUAGAAGAACAGCUAAUAAAAGCCAAAGAACAGAUGGAAAAUUACAAACAACAAACAGGAGAUGUGGGCUUUGGAAAAGACCAUGAAAUACUGAGAAGAAGGAUUGAAAAUGGAGUCAAGGAGCUUUGGUUUUUUCUCCAGAGUGAACUGAAGAAACUAAAAAAUUUGGAAGGAAGUGAAUUGCAUAAGCAUAUUGAUGAACUUCUAUCUGACUUGGGUGAUCAUGAAAGGUCAGUAAUGACAGAUCUGUUCUACCUCAGUCAGACUGAUGGAGCAGGUGCUUGGCGAGAAAAAGAAGCCAAAGAUUUGACAGAGUUAGUGCAGAGGAGAAUAACUUAUCUUCAGAACCCCAAGGACUGCAGCAAAGCAAAGAAACUAGUAUGCAAUAUCAACAAAGGAUGUGGUUAUGGUUGUCAACUUCACCAUGUGGUCUACUGCUUCAUGAUAGCAUAUGGCACUGAAAGGACACUGAUUUUGCAAUCUCAGAAUUGGCGCUAUGCAACUGGAGGCUGGGAGACUGUUUUUAGGCCAGUGAGUGAGACGUGUACUGACAGGUCAGGAAGUACUACUGGGCGUUGGUCAGGUUUGGUUUCAGGUUCGAUUCGAUUCCUUGAAUUAGACUGCAGGAUCCACCAAAUGAAAAGCAUCAACACAUGUAAAGGUGAAAUGAAUGAUAAAAAUGUUCAAGUUAUAGAAUUACCCAUAGUUGACAGUCUACAUCCACGGCCUCCGUAUUUGCCACUGGCAAUUCCAGAAGAUCUGGCUGAUAGAUUAGUUCGUGUCCAUGGGGAUCCUCCAGUAUGGUGGGUCUCGCAGUUUGUCAAAUACUUGAUUCGUCCACAGCCUUGGUUAGAAAAAGAAAUAGAAGAAGCCACAAGAAAACUUGGCUUUAAACAUCCAAUUAUUGGUAUUCAUGUCCGUAGAACAGACAAAGUGGGAACAGAAGCAGCAUUUCAUCCUAUUGAAGAAUACAUGGUACAUGUUGAAGAACGCUUCCAACUUCUCUCGCGGAGAAAACAUAUUGACAAAAAACGAGUCUAUUUGGCUACAGAUGAUCCUUCACUAUUGCAAGAGGCAAAAUCCAAAUAUCCAAACUAUGAAUUCAUAAGUGACAAUUCCAUAUCAUGGUCAGCGGGUCUUCAUAAUCGAUACACUGAAAACUCUCUGCGGGGUGUUAUUUUGGAUAUACACUUCUUGUCUCAGGCAGACUUCCUUGUGUGCACUUUUUCUUCACAGGUUUGUCGAGUUGCUUAUGAAAUCAUGCAGACAUUACAUCCUGAUGCAUCUGCCUUUUUUCAUUCCUUGGAUGAUAUUUAUUAUUUUGGGGGACAGAAUGCCCACAACCAGAUUGCAAUUUAUGCUCAUCAUCCUCGAACUGCAGAUGAAAUUCCUAUGGAACCUGGAGAUAUAAUUGGUGUUGCUGGAAACCACUGGGAUGGUUACUCCAAAGGCAUCAAUAGAAAAUUAGGGAGAACAGGUUUAUAUCCCUCCUAUAAAGUAAAAGAGAAAAUUGAGACAGUCAAGUAUCCCGUAUAUGAAGAGGCUGACAAAUAGACAAGCAGAAUAAUUCAUAACAACUUUUACUUUGAACUAUUACAACCAACCAUACUGUUGACUUUCAUAGGAUGUGAAUUUGCAUUUUAACAUAAAAAGCCUUUUACUGUUCAGACUGGAUGCACAACGUGGAACAAUUUGAUAGGGCACUGUUUGAACUUACUUUGUUAUAUGCACACUGCACACAUGCACACUGAUACACAUUCAACAGGAAAACUGUUGUUUUAUACUCUUUGUCUUUCUGAGGAUAUGUCUCUCCCAUGAAUCAUAUAUGAAUUUUGGGCUCACUUCUUUGCCAUUAAUAAACUAUAAGACUUUUAACACUGCUGCAUUAUGUAAUUUAAGUGACAUGAGCAUAUUUUGUAUGUGCAAAAUAUAAAACAUGGUGCCUCUUUUUGAAAGAUCAGUGACCUUUUAGAAGAGCCAUGUCUAGUUCUCCUGAUGGGCAAGUAUUAUGCUUGCCUUUCACUGAUGUUAUGACCACUCAACAUGCUCCAACCAACAGAUUUAAAAAAUCAGAUAUUUCUUUACAGGAUUUUUGUUAGCAAUUUCAUUGAUUAAUUCAUCUCAUCAUUAAUAAAAAAAAGUACAUCAAACUAUACAAUAAUUGUCUGGUAGGAACUUUUGUAAAACUAUGCCAUGAACUGAUUCUUUAGUACUGUUUCUGGACAUUGUCUUUGAUAACAAAAAAUAAAUUAAAAAAUUAA